GUCGUGUGUGUCUUCCUGCCGCCAGAAAGAAGCAGUUUUCAUUUGCUGUUCUCUAAUUCAGCUGUGGAAGAAGCAUCGUACAGUAGUAACAAGUUUAUCUGCUAGAGCUUGCUGCAAGUUAUGGCAGACGCUACUCAGCCCGCGGCGGCUGUUCUCGACGAGGACGCGUUCGCGAUGUAUUCCUACUACAUGCCCAUCACGGAUCAUUUGCCAAGUGACAUUCGCAGAUCGCUCAAUCUUAUCACCGAACUCUCAGCCUGCUACGCAGCUCCAUCAAAUGAUCUCGACUCCUUCCUCUCCAUCCUCGAAUCCGCAGACUCUCCGAUCACAGACGAGACCGCUGCCAGACUGUCUCGGAUAUAUCAUCGUCUGCAAAACGUCAAUACUACCAGAAUGAUCCGGGAUCGCAAAGCAUCCCUGCGCGAGGCUCAGAGACUUGUCACGGUCUUGAAGCGUCAUUACAACAAGAUUGACCGCGAGAUCACAAAGAUGGAAAAAACGUUGAAUCUUCCGGUCACUACAACGCGUCGGGAUCCAUUGCAAAAUAAUCAAGAUGGCGGUGAUGCAGCAAAAAGUGAGGAAGAGAAUACGGCCGAAGCCAGUCGCGCUGCAAGAGAAGUCUCGCUCGCUGCCCCACCGUCUCAGCUGGCACUUCCCGAAAUCUCGAAACGACUCUCUGGACAGCAGUCGUUGUUCAAGCCUCCUCCCCAAGAGACCCAAGAAAUUGAUGUCUUGCAUACGGAUGACUCUUCCGAACAGCCAGCUGUAGAAGAUCAACCUGCCAGAGAGCCAGAUCGUAAUCCAGAACAUGGGCCAGAACAUGAGCCAGAACAUGAGAUGCCCGAGAAGAUCGAGACAACUGCCAAAGAAACCGAAACUCCCGCAGAAGAAGACGUCACCCCUGCCGAACAGGCACCAGUGCAAACAAGCUCAAGACAGCAAACGAGCGAACCUGUUGUCUCAGGCAAACCUACUCGCGCUACGAGAUCUUCUGAGGUCACGGUCCAUGAAGCCAGCACACCGACGUCAAAUAAACGCAAACGAGAUCACACGAAAGGCGUAUCGCGCUAUGAAUUAGCAUCUUUGGGUCUUUUAUCGACGCCGACGGCUUCUGAUGCUAGCAGUAGACGUAGUAGUACGAGACUGCGGAACGACGAGACGCCUGCUGCGAGUGCUGCAGCUGAAACGCCGAAUACUCGAUCGCUGCGAAGAGUUAGGGAAGAAAGGGCUGUUGCUAAUGCACCUAAGCCGGUGAUUUCUACAAAACCAACACAAGCAGCAAAGCCAUCAGCGCAAACAAAUUUACAGCGGAAUGCUGCAAAACCAACACAAGCGGUAAAGCCAGCACAGGCAGCAAAGCCAACACAAGCAGCAAAACCGACGCAAGUAAUAAAGCCAGCAGCGCAAAAGAAUCUACAGCGGCAUCCUGCAGAACCAGCACAGGCAGCAAAACCAACACAAGCGGCAAAGCCAGCAGCGCAAAAGAAUCUACAGCAGCAGGUAUCCAAGCCGACAAACAACAUCAAAUCAUUCAAAAAGAUACCAUCAGAGUUGAUUGCACCAGCGCAGCAGCAGAAAAAACGCAAGACACAAGACAAAGUCAAUGAAGACGAGAUCAGGUACUGCAUCUGCGACGAUGUAUCGUAUGGCAAGAUGAUUGCGUGCGAUAACAAAAACUGCCCUGUUGAAUGGUAUCAUUUGAAGUGCUCGGGAUUGUCGCGGCCUCCCAAGGGAGAGUGGUUUUGCAAGUCGUGUACUGUCCGGCUAGCAAAGAGGCGUCGCUAGAUAUCGGUAGAGGGGUAUGAGGAGGAGUUGUGGGUGUGGUGUGUUAUGAUUAGGUGGAUUGUACUACUAGGGCUGGGGAUCUAUGAGCAAUGUAUUUCAUAAACGUGCAUGUAUUCUAGAUAUUCUACUCGGACUCGGAUCCAGAGUCUAAAAUCAGAUAAGUCAGUGUUAACUCAGGCACGGAUCAGCAGGAGAAUGAGAUGUGAUAGCAUACCCUCGACAUCUUGGCCCUCUUCUU